AUGCAGGCUGCCAAGUACAUCCUUCUCGGUACAGAAUUGUACAAAAGAGGAAUUUCAACACUCAUGUUGAAAUGUCUUGAUGAGAAUCAGGCCGGUUAUGUGAUAAGGAAAAUUCAUGAGGGCAUUUGGGGUACCUAUUCGGGUGAACGAACCAUGGCAGCUAAAAUUCUGAGAGCCAGAUACUUUUGGCUGACACUAUCUAAAGACUGCGACAUCUUUGUAAAGAAGUGCAUUCCUUGUCAGCAACACGGCCCCCACAUACACCAACAUGCCGACACCAUCCAUCCCAUCACCUCACCAUGGCCCUUCACCAUUUGGGGAAUGGACCUUCUCAGACCUUUUCCCUUGGCAAAGGGACAAUAUAACGGACUACAAUUCACGGAUCGACGAUUUAAUGAAUUUCUGGAAGGACUGCAGAUCAAACACAAAGUCACAUCUGCUGAACAUCCUUAG